AUGGUCUUGGCGCAAGGGACUAGCGAGACGAGUCGUUCGGAGACUCCCAAGGAAGAGGUCAAUGGUCUCGAAGACGGACCACAACGUCUCACAAGCGACCAGAGCCGGACACGGCAAAAGGAAGCACAUAAUACCACCAUCGAUAUCGAGAAGCACCCAGGCGGCGAUAUCAAAGGGCAUUCAGACGGCGACAUCGAGAAGACGCCAAGCGGCAAUGGCGCUCCUCUGGCAACAACACCCACCGAGUCAUCACAGCUCCCUCUCUCUAAAGCCCGCACAAUAUCUCUCGUCAUAACCCUCACCGGCGCUGCUUUCCUCAACACCCUCUCCGUCCAAGCCUGCGUCAUCAUCCUGCCCACCAUCGGCACCGCCCUGUCCAUCCCACCAGCACGGCAGCAAUGGGUCGUCUCCGCCUACUCCUUGACCUUCGGCUGCUUUCUCCUCCUUUGGGGCCGCUCAGCAGAUGUUUAUGGGAAGCUGAAUAUCUUUAUCUACGGCUCCGCCUGGGUCUGCCUCGUCACUGUGAUAUGUCCCUUCAUCCCGAAUGAGGUUGGGUUCGAGAUCUUUCGGGGUUUGCAGGGACUUGGAGCGGCGGCGAAUGUGCCGACUGCGAUUGGAAUUCUGGGUGUUACGUUCCAGCCGGGCAGGGCGAAGAACUAUGCGUUCGCGAUGUAUUCGGCCGGGGCACCGAUGGGUAGUGUGAUCGGGAACAUGCUGGGUGGCGUGGUGGGCCAGUAUGCCACGUGGAAAGCGGUAUUUUGGGUUCUGGCAGGUUUGGCGGCGGUGAUUACGAUCGCUGGGCACUUUGUGAUCCCUGUUCCGCAGGUGGUACCAAAGGACGCCCAGGUGAAGCACGCGGUAGAUUGGCCAGGAGGCGCAGUCGUUACUGUGGGACUGGUUGUACUGCUGUUCGCUCUGACGGAGGGCAACGUGGUGGGAUGGAGCCAGCCUUACAUCCCGGUCCUGGUUGUUGUGUCUGUGCUGCUCGUGGCGGCCUUUGUCUGCUGGCAGAUAUACCUGGAGAAGCGAACCAGCAAGCGGCCGUUGAUGAAGGUGAGCAUCUUCGAGAACAUGCGCGUGUCGGCUGCGAUGGCGGUAAUGGCGUUGUUCUUCGCGGCUUUUAACAACUUCCUGAUCUUCGCGACGUACUUCUACCAGGACUACCAGGGCCAUGACGCGAUAGAGACCACCGUACGGUUCAUUCCUACAGGUGUCGUGGGAGUGAUGACCAUCUUCGUAUCGUCCCAGAUUCUGGCCAGGAUCUCGGUCAACUAUAUUUUGAUGUUUGGAACGCUCUGUUGCUCGAUCUCGUGCUUACUCUUCGCUGUCCCUAUUGCUCCAAGCACAACAUAUUGGGCGUAUGGGUUUCCAGCUAUGUGCUUAAGUGUGUUUGGAGCGGACACGCUCUUUCCAGCACUUCUUCUGCUGACCGCACAUUCGCUACCACGAGAGGACCAGGCCAUUGGAGGAGCGCUUAUCAAUGCCGUAGGUCAAAUUGGCAGGGCUAUUGGUCUAGCCAUUGCAACUGCGAUUCAGGUGGCAGUACAGGAAAGCAAAGAAGAUUCGAGUGCGGCGGCUAAGGGGACCAACAGUUUGGGUAAUGCGUCUUUCCUGUCCGGUUUGAGAUCCGCAGAAUGGUUCAGCUUUGCAAUGAGCAUCUCAGCAUUCAUAAUAGCGACAGCAUGUUUCCGACAGGUCGGGAAGGUGGGCGCCAGCAAGAAGUAG